AUGAAUUCUCCCUCAUACCUCACUACUACAAAAUCUGUUACAAAACAUUCCUUCAUCAAUACCAAAGAAAAUAAGUGGAAAACCAAAGAAAAUAAGUUGAACCCAAAAAUCAGAAUAUCACAUACACUGAAGAAGAAGAAGAAGAUAAUGGUGAUGACUAAUAUCCAUAGCCAUUGAAGAAAAUAAAAGCUUCCAAAAUGGUUCAUUUGUUUACAUUUGAAAUAUUGCAGAAGGAAUCUGAAGCAAAUGGUUCAAGAUUGAAGAACAAGAAGCAACAACUCUAAAAUAUUAUUCUCUUCAUUUUUUUUUAUAUUUAUGACAACAAAUAUAGUAACAAACCACCCUAUUAUCUGUUCCACUUACAUUAACCCAAUUUCUCUUCAGUACUAUUCUGCCAAAACAACGUUCCCCAUUUUCUCUUUCAUGUAUUCUGUAUGUCAAUACUGUACAUAUUAGUUGCUUCAAUAGUAUCCUAUCUUUGCUUAUCUCAGCUUACCAAAAAAUUAUCACCAUCAUUAUCUCCCUUAUGAGCAAAUUAUCAUUCCUAUCAACAACUAAUCACUCUCUUUGCUCAAAUAAUUUACUUUUUCCUUUCACUGUCUCAAGAAAAAACUUCUUUCCCAAGCCCAAAUGGACUCAUAAUGUGGUUACAGCAUCUCAACGACGAGGAUCCAAAAAGAUCGUGGUCAUAAUGGGUGCUACUGGUUCUGGAAAAUCAAAACUCUCCAUCGAUCUCGCCACUCGUUUUUUCCCUUCUGAAGUUAUCAACUCAGACAAAAUCCAAGUCUACAAUGGCCUUAAUAUCACCACAAACAAAAUCUCAAUGUCUGAACGCAAAGGUAUCCCUCACCAUCUCCUCGGAGAAUUCAACGCGUCCGAGUCACACCCCGAGUUUUCUCCUUCCGAUUUCCGCUCAGCUGCUAGUUGCAGAAUCAACGAAACCAUCAAUCGCGGGAAAAUUCCUCUUAUCGUAGGUGGGUCCAACUCAUUCAUCUAUGCUCUGCUUGCAAAACAAUUUAAUCCGAAAAUAGACUUUCUCGAACCGUCCAACCCGGUUCAGUGGGUAAGCAAUGAGCUUCGGUAUAAGUGUUGCUUUAUUUGGGUUGAUGUUUUGGGAACUGUAUUGAAUCAGUAUUUGGAUAAGAGAGUUGACGAAAUGCUCAGCUCGGGAAUGGUCGAAGAGCUAGAAGAGUAUUUUAAGAAAGAGGGGUUUUCAGAUUCUAACUCAGUGAGUCGGAACAGUGGGAUUCGUAAGGCAAUAGGAGUGCCGGAGUUCGAGAAAUAUUUCAAAGGGGAGGAAUCAUAUGAAGAAGCAGCGGAAGAGAUAAAGGAGAACACGCGCGUGUUGGCGGAGAGGCAGGUGGGGAAGAUUUUGCGGCUGAGAGAAGCUGGGUGGGACCUACAAAGAGUAGAUGCAACGGCGGCGUUUACGGCGGUGAUGACGUCAGAAUCCGGUAAGAGGGCGGCGAAGGAAAUUUGGGAGAAAGAGGUGCUGGAACCAAGUGCAAAGAUUGUGAAGCAGUUCUUGUUGGAGUAGGCAACAGUAAAAGAGAGGCAGUCAAUUGACAAAUAGGGUCGAAUAGUUCGAUCGAGCUCGAUAUGAGUAGUAGCUGACUACUUUACCACUAAGCUGCUGAGGAACAAUAGAAGAUUCGAUCUCAUAAAGUUCAAUUUUUCUUCUCUAUCGAGUUUUUUGCAAACGAGGACAAAUGGAGGAGUGAAGUGGCGACCAAUUUUGUCGAUAAUAGGCUGCCAUUGACAUAGAGCUGCUCUUUUCUCUGCUGAAUGCUAACGUAUAAAAUUCACAAGGAGGCAAGAAACAGAGUCGUUUAAUUUCCCUAGCGUUUUGAGGAUUUAGGAUCACUUUUGGUUUUCUAUUUUAACCUUUUAUUAUCCAUCUUUGAAGAGUUAACAUUUGGGUUAUAAGUGCAAUGGUAUGUUGCUGCUCAAUUUUGUCCGCAAAAAGAACAGAGGAAUAGGAGUUACUAUGUGUUAUUAAAUGGGGUAUAGAGUUGGUUUUUUAAUGUAAAGCUAUGUGUGAUUAUUAGACUAAAUGGUUUAUGCUUAUCAGUUGCCUAAACGGUAAUUACAUAAAAAGUUGCAAAAUGAUGAUCGAUAAGUAUAAAAUUGUUCCCACCAUAGUAGUUCCUUUUAAGACAUCACAUAAAUUUGAAGUGAUGUUGUGCAAGUGAUUCAUGGAAUCGGAACUUUGUAAUAGUAAAAAUGAUUUUUAGGGUCCAAUGCACAAAAUAUUUUGUAAUUUGUAUUCAUGCAGGGUGUGAGGAAGGGUCGCACUCUUAAAGGUGUGAUGGGGACAAUUUUCUCUAAUACAAGCAUUAGUGGCUACUUCAACA